AAAACUUGAAGAUGUUAAAAGGAAUACAGACUACAUUGACCUUUCAUCAUAAUGGAAACAUAGAUGUCUUAACCAGCUGCUAAACGGAUUCAAAAAUAUAAAAAUUCAAAAAUGCCUUAUUCGUUACGGCAUCCACAAAAACCCGACCACGAAAUUUCCGAAUACAGCUAUUCACAAUGGAAUAGUGUACUCUUACGGAACAACGAGGCGAACAUCUGCUCCGCCAAAAGAAUAGCACCCGUUGGGACUUGCUCAAUAUAUACUCGCAAAGCUCACGCUCAAAUACUGUCUUUAUACCAGCAAGCAAAUUCAUACAGACGACUAUUUAACGCGUCCUUCUUACUGAUAUCAUUGUGCUUGCUCUUCGCCGCAACCACCAUAGCCGAGCAUGUGCGCGAGCUUGAAGUAUCCGAAGGUGUGCCCAUUGGACACCAGAUUGGCUUUAUUGGGGAAUUCUCUCACGGGAUGGAUAGUGGCCCACCCUAUCUUAUAGUGCCGGUACCGGGUAGUGCUGUGGACACCGAUCUAGCUAUUGAUCACACGACCGGUGAUAUACGGACUAAGGUGUAUUUGGAUCGUGAGUCUCGUGCGUCCUAUAGCUUGGUGGCUAUACCUUUAAGUGGAGAAAAUGUGCGUGUAGUGCUGCGAGUGUUGGAUGAAAAUGACAAUGCGCCGACUUUUCCACAACCGGUAAUGAAUAUCGAGUUUCCCGAAAAUACGCCGCGAGAUGUGAAAAGAACGUUGAAUCCUGCUCGUGAUCUAGACCUCGGUCAAUACAAUACACAACGUUACAAUAUCGUAUCCGGUAAUUUUAAUAAUGCAUUCCGUCUAUCGUCUCAUCGCGAGCGUGACGGCGUGCUUUACCUGGACUUGCAGAUUAACGGAUUUCUCGAUCGCGAAACGACCCCGGCUUAUACUUUGGUAAUUGAGGCGUUAGACGGUGGAAGUCCACCAUUACGUGGACAGAUGACUGUUAACAUUACUAUACAAGAUGUCAACGACAACCAGCCAAUAUUCAAUCAGAGUCGUUACUUCGCUACUGUAUCGGAGAAUGCCACUGUUGGAACGAGUGUAUUGCAAGUGUGUGCCACAGAUAUAGAUUCCGAUGAAAAUGGGCUGGUGGAGUAUUCCAUAAAUCGGCGACAGAGUGAUAAAGAACAAAUCUUUCGUAUCGAUUCGCAAACUGGUUUGAUUUCAGUGAAUAAACCUCUGGAUUUCGAGACGAAGGAGCUACACGAGCUUGUUGUGGUUGCAAAAGACCAGGGCGAGCAAUCACUAGAAACCACCGCAUUUGUGUCUAUACGAGUAACAGAUGUCAAUGAUAAUCUCCCGUCGAUCAAUGUUAUUUUCCUUAGCGACGACGCAACGCCCAAGAUUUCGGAGUCGGCAAAACCCGGUGAGAUUGUGGCGCGUAUUUCUGUCAAUGAUCCAGAUUCAAAGGCCGAAUACUCGAACGUAAAUGUUACUCUUAAUGGUGGCGAUGGGCACUUUGGGCUCAGUACACGUGACAACAUCAUCUAUUUGGUGAUCGUCUCCCAACCUCUUGAUCGUGAGUCUCAGUCGAACUAUACGCUUAGUGUUGUGGCCACAGAUAAUGGCACACCGCCAUUGCAUGCCUCGAAAACUAUAUAUCUACGCGUAACAGAUAUUAACGAUAAUGCGCCGGAGUUUGAGCAUGAAGUGUACGAUGCCAAUGUGAUGGAAGUGGCCGAUCCUGGAACAUCUGUUUUAAAAGUGACUGCAUUUGAUCGCGACGAGGGAAAUAAUUCCGCAGUGCUUUACGCGCUUGCUGAUACAUCAGAAACACACGCCGAAUGGUUUCAGAUUGAUCGACAUACGGGGUUGAUAACUACGCGCUCGCAAAUUGACUGUGAAACCGAGCCCGUUCCGCAGCUGACGGUUGUAGCUAAAGACAAUGGACACCCACCACUCUCAUCCACAGCUACAGUGCUUGUAACCAUACAUGAUGUCAACGAUAAUGAACCGAUUUUUGAUCAGAGCUUUUACAAUGUUUCGGUAGCGGAAAAUGAACCCGUUGGACGGUGCAUUCUAAAGGUGUCAGCCAGUGACCCAGAUUGUGGCGUUAAUGCGAUAGUCAAUUAUACACUGGGCAAUGGCAUCAAACAGCUUGCUGAUUUUGAGGUACGUUCUGCUGCGGGUGAGAUUUGCAUUACCAGCGAGUUAGACUAUGAGAAAAGAAGCUCAUAUGAAUUUCCAGUUAUUGCAAUAGAUAGAGGUGGCCUUAGCACCAUUGCUCGCGUUAAAAUUCAGCUCACCGAUGUCAACGAUAAUCGUCCUGUUUUCUAUCCUCCUGCAUAUAAUGUAUCAUUGCGUGAAACUGCCAGCGCCAGCGCUUCCACUACGAGUAUUGUCGCCGUUGUUGCCACCGAUGCCGAUUCGGGCCGGUUUGGCGUUGUGACUUAUCGCAUAGUGGCUGGAAAUGACGCGGGUAUCUUUCGCAUCGAUCGAGCCAAUGGCGAAAUCUUCAUUAAUCGACCCAAUAUGCUGUCUGUACGCACGCAACCGAUGCACGUCCUGAACAUUAGCGCCAGCGAUGGAGGUGGCUUGCGCAGCUCGACGGAUGCGUUGGUCUUUCUGAGCAUCAUUGACGCCACACAGCGGCCGCCCAUUUUUGAGAAGUCACGUUAUAGCUACCAUGUGAAGGAGGAUGUGCCACGUGGCACAGUAGUUGGUUCAGUGAUGGCCACUAGCAGUGAUGCGGUCAAUCGCAAUGGUGUUCGCUAUUCAAUAUACUCUGGGGACCCGGAAAGUUACUUCAGCAUCGAUACUAUUACUGGCAAUAUACGCAUCGCAAACCAUUUAGAUCACGAAACUAGAGCACAGAUUUUGCUCAAUAUUCAAGCGAUGAGCGGUGAUCCUCCAGCUUAUGGACAUACCCAGGUCUGUAUGUCCAUAUUAGGGAUCAGCAACGAGCCGCUUUUUUACCUCGCUUUUAUUAGCUUGGGAUGCAACUAUGUAAUAAUGAUGCGCCUAAAAGAUGCAGUGAUUUCCAUUCUCAAGUUGCGUAGCGAGUUUUUACUAUAAGUUUUUGAUACUUAAAGCCACUCAACAUAUUUAGGAUACAUGUACAUAAGUAACACGAAAUCAGUAAAAAGCCACAUCUCUGAUGUACUGCGUACAAUGUUGAUUAAAAUUUUAAAUUAGUCAGCGGUGUUUUAAUCAAUUAUUUGUAUGCAUAUUGUGGACGGAUCCCAUGCAGCAGUGCCUCGCUGGGUCGAUGCCUGUACUCAUUACAAGUGGUGAAGAGAAUACUCAAUGCUAUUCAAAGUAUCGCUAGAAAAUACUCGAUUCUACUUUUACAGUACAACAUAAAAACAUACAGUGGAGAAAGGCGAUUUUUUUUUGUGAAAUUAUAGAUCCUGCCUUAAGCCUGCUAUAUGAUGCGAGCGUGAGCGUGAGCUUUUUAUUUUGACCAAUACCUUCGUUAUUGCUUAACUUGUUGCAAUAGUUGAUACAUCAAAAGAUAGAGAAUUAAAAUAUCUUUUAAUUUAAAAUAAAAACUA